GGACUUUCAUGGUGCCUUGUACUAUAACCUCAAAAUUUAGUGGAGUAAUAUGGCUCUAUUUAUAAAUAACAUUGAUUUUGUGAAUCCUGGGAAAUAGUCCACUUUCAUGUAGAUGUUUAUGAAAUAUCUAGCUAUGUUAAAUUGAAUUAAGUAUAAGAUAUACUCUAAAUAAUACAAUAACUCUUCAAAAUGUAUUUGAAGGAACCAAAAAAGAAAAAGCGUGCUAAUUCUCAAACUCCAAUUCCAUUACCAUUACAAUUUAGUAAGAAAAACGAUGCAAUUAUUUAUACCGCUCACUUAGGAGUGUCAGCUACGUGUAUAGUAGAUCAUGAUGAAAUGAUAGCUGUUCAUUCAAUGGGAUCUUUUGGUAAAGGAUCUUUAUCUCGAAGCUUACCGACUUUUGGAACUCGUAAACACAAUAUACCUCCUUUCAUCAAGGAACGUCAAUGGAAACGUAGAAAACAGUGGCUAGAAGAAAUAGAUAAGCUACAUACUGAGGCUCUUUCCUCUAUGACUCACGAGAACUCUGAAAUCGAAAUUCAGCUGUUAGAAGAACAAUCUAAGGAAAAUACCAAUUCAGAUGAACCUAUGGAAAUCGUUCAAGAGGGUACUUCAAGUGCUAAUGAUAAAUGUGAUCCAGGAACCAGUCAAAUAGCUAAGACAUCUCAAGAAAUAGAUGAAGUAGUUUUAGAUUCAACUGAAGAUGAAGAAGUGUAUGAAGUAGAUGAUAAAAUAGACACAAAUGAAAUUGUACUGAGUGAUGAUCAGUUAGAUGAUUUACAUUCAAAUACAAGUAAAGAAGAAAUGAAUUUAAAUGAAGUAUUAGUUAUGCCUGAUAGCGAUUCGGACACUGAAAACUAUCUAACUAAUAUAAAACCACGUAUUGAAAUUGAAGGUUUCCCUGUUUCUGAAACAUUACAGUUAACAUUUGAAGAAACAUUCUUUUUAAUGUUUGGUUUAGGUUGCUUACAGUUGAUUAAUUUUAAUGGUAAAUUAAUGAGUAUUGUUGAAGCUUGGCGUUAUUUCAACAAUCAGGAUCACCUUUUCUUUCCCAAAUAUGUUGUUUAUCAUUAUUUUAGAAGCAAAGGUUGGGUUGUUAAACCUGGAAUUCAGUUUGGUGCAGAUUUUUUAUUAUAUAAACAAGGCCCUUCAUUUUAUCAUGCUUCAUUCAUUGUGAUUGUUGAAACCAUUGACGGAGAUAGCCUUUUAAAAAUCGAUAGUAAAUCUUCUCGGAAUAUGAAUUGGAGCAGUUUAACACAAAUGAAUCGACUAUCAGAAACGGCUGCUAAAGAACUAUUAAUAGCACAAGUUUUAUGGCCAUCAACGAUUCCAAUAUCUAGCAAUUUAGUUCCGUUAGAAGCUUUAUCAGACUUUACAGUUAGAGAAAUUUUAUGGAGGCGAUGGAAACCUAAUCAAAAUAGCGAAGUUGUUGAGCUCGAAGAAGAGGAUGAUAGCUAUGAUGAUUCGUUGUAAUGGAUAAAAAAAAAGUUUUUUCUUUAAAGUGGAUAGCCGUGUGUUAUAAAUAUCGUAUAUAUUGAUUUUGUAAUAUAUAUACAAUGUAAAUAAACAAAUAAUGAUCUCUAUUAUACACAUUGAUGAUAACCAAUUUUUAAUAGAGAUAUGUAAAUUAAAUCAAUGACAUAAUAAAU